ACUACUUCCAGGUCGUAGCCAUUUUGAGUGCUCGACGGUGAAGAAGAACCAAGUUGGAGAGGUGGGAAACGCUCAAGCGUGUUAUGAUGUUUAGUUUGUGUCCAUUCUCCUGAUGCAGCUGUUACAGUAGAUGAUAUUAGCUACUGUUCUUUGAAGCAUUAUUCCAAACUAUAGCUAGCUAUUUUCUAACUUUCCAACCAAAAUCUUGAAAACAAGCAAGCUGACGCUAGCUAACUGUUAGCUAGCUAACGUUAGCCAGUUGCAUUUCGUCACCGAGCCCGGGGAAUUUGGAAAACACUGACUGAAGAAGCAGACAGGUAAUGCACAAUCGUUUAGAUACAAUUAUAUAACGCGAGAAUGUUUACCUACCAAGAUAUCAAAAAUUAAGUGCAUGCAAUGUAAAUGAAAUUCACUGGUAGCGUGAAGCGCAAACGUUCGCUAGCUAGCGCCACCCAGCAAAUAUCCAUAGCCAGCUGACCUAACUUAGCUAGUUAACAUUCAUGCCCCUAACUGCCGCUAGCUAGCCACAAUUACGCAGAUCUCAAUUAGCUAUCAAGGUUACCCAUUUAGCUUUGUUUAUUUUUUUUUAAUUAUUAGCUGGUUUCUGCACUAUCAAUAAAAAGUAUCUGCAUCGAUAUCAAACUAACGUUACUAGUUUGAUCCGAAGCCAUUUGGGUGAAACCCCUAAUGUAGCUAACUUUACAUAGCUGAGACCGAUUUCUAGCCGUUCUGAUUUGUAAACAGCCGCUGGCUACCUAACUAGCUUGCUAACACAUUCAUCAUGAUACGUACAGUUCGCAUGGACGGUUCACAUUGAGAAUAGCACUAUUCACUUUCAGUAAUGUCAUAUCAUGCUUCUGUCCCACAUAGUCAGGCUCCAGGCGUAGGAACUACAGGGUGAGAGAUGUGGGACCAGGGUGGACAGCCCUGGCCGCAAUGGCCUAUGAACCAGCAACAGUGGAUGCAGUCCUUCCAGCACCAACAAGAUCCAGGUGGGUGACAUCACCUGUAUACAUAGAGCUCUGUCCAAUUGGGAAUUAUCCAAGAUUGGAUUGGUGUAACAUUGCUUUGAUCAUGCAGAAUGACAGCUCAGUCAUUAUUUACAAUUUUACAAAAUGACACCCCAAGCAAUGCUUCUCUUGUUGUCUCUCUGUGUUGUGCAGGCCAAGUGGACUGGGCAGCACUGGCCCAGGCCUGGAUUGCUCAGAAAGAGUCUACAGGCCCUACAGUAGAUCAGCAGAACCUUCAUCCUAAUGGACAGGACAUACCUGGCAUGGAUCCUGUGGUGCCCAAUAACCAUGGCUCCUUCCAGGGCGACUCCAAUUUUGGCAGAAUGUGGCAACCUGGUAAACUCUUAACAUAAUUUUCUGGGGAUGGAGAAUAUAUGAGGCUUAUGUCCGUGAUCUGUUUUCUCACGUUGCAAGAAGACCCACCAUACUUGCUAUACUCAGUCUGUACAUAAUUGUUCUUUAGAUCUCAGGGAAGGUGUGAUGUCACCGAUGUACUCCAAACAACAUGUUCUGGCCAAAUUUCACAUCCACCACAUUACCAUACAGUACCAGUCAAAAGUAUGGACACACCUAUUCAUUCAUGGGUUUUUCUUUAUUUUUACUAUUUUCUACCUUGUAGAAUAAUAGUGAAGACAUCAAAACGAUGAAAUAACAAAUAUGGAAUCAUGUAGUAACCAAAGAAAGUGUUCAAAAAAUCAAAAUAUGUUUUAGAUUCAUCAAAGUAGCCUCCCGUUGCCUUGAUGACAGCUUUGCACACUUUUGGCAUUCUCUCAACCAGCUUCACCUGGAAUGCUUUUCCAACAGUCUUGGAGUUCCCACAUAUGCUGAGCACUUGUUGGCUGCUUUUCCUUCAUUCUGAGGUCCAACUCAUCCCAAACCAUCUCAAUUGGUUAAGAGGUCAGGUGAUCUGAUGCAGCACUCUUUCACUCUCCUUCUUGGUAAAAUAGCCCUUACACAGCCUGGAGGUGUGUUGGGUCAUUGUCCUGUUGAAAAACAAAUGAUAGUCCCACGAAGCCCAAACCAGAUGGGAUGGCGUAUCGCUGCAGAAUGCUGUGGUUGCCAUGCUGGUUAACUGUGCCUUGAAUUCUAAAUAAAUCACAGACAGCGUCACCAGCAAAGCACCAUCACACCUCCUCCUCCAUGCUUCACGGUGGGAACUACACAUGCAAAGACACAGCGUUUGGAACCAAAAAUCUAUAAUUUGGACUAAUUAGACCAAAGGACAGAUUUCCACCGGUCUAAUGUCCAUUGCUCGUGUUUCUUGGCCCAAGCAAGUCUCUUCUUCUAAUUGGAGUCCUUUAGUAGUGGUUUCUUUGCAGCAAGUCUCCUCUGAACAGUUGAUGUUGUGAUGUGUCUGUUACUUGAACUCUGAAGCAUUUAUUUGGGCUGCAAUUUCUGAGGCUGGUAACUAAUGAACUUAUCCUCUGCAGCAGAGGUAACUCUGGGUCUUCCUUUCCUGUGGCGGUCCUCAUGAGAGCCAGUUUCAUCAUAGCACUUGAUGGGUUUUUGCAACUGCACUUGAAGAAACUUUCAAAGUUCUUGAAAUGUUCCGUAUUGACUGACCUUCAUGUCUUAAAGUAAUGAUGGACUGUCAUUUCUCUUUGCUUAUUUGAGCUGUUCUUGCCAUAAUAUGGACUUGGUCUUUUACCAAAUAGGGCUGUCUUCUGUAUACCACCCCUACCAUGUCACAACACAACUGAUUGGCUCAAACGCAUUAAGAAGGAAAGAAAUUCCACAAAUUAACUUUUAACAAGGCACACCUGUUAAUUGAAAUGCAUUCCAGGUGACUACCUCAUGAAGCUGGUUGAGAGAAUGCCAAGAGUGUGCAAAGCUGUCUUCAAGGCAAAGGGUGGCUACUUUGAAGAAUCUAAAAUAUAAAACAUAUUUUGAUUUGUUUAACACUUUUUUGGUUACUACAUGAUUCCAUAUGUGUUAUUUCAUAGUUUUGAUGUCUUCACUAUUCUACAAUGUAGAAAAUAGGAAAUAUUAAGAAAAACCCUUGAAUGAGUAGGUGUGUCCAAACUUUUGACUGGUACUAUAGCUGUGCCCCAAUCAACUUAGUUCCCCUGCAUUCCAGUAGUUAAUGUUAGAAUAGCAUAACUGCAAGUGUACGUUUUGGAUUUUUGAUUGUCUCUUGUAAGACAAGCCUUUUGGUGGGCUUAAAGAGAUCCUAAUAAACAAUAACAAUGCACAUGUGGUGUUUACAGAAUGGGGGAUGCACGGUCAGCCCCCUCCUCCUCCCAUAGACCAGGCGUGGAUCCCCCCAGGAACAGGACCUAUGGGGACUGGACCUAUGGAUGUGGUGGCUCCCUCUGAGGACAGCAACAGCCAGGACAGUCUGGAGUUCUCUGAAGGCCACCAUAGGGUCUACCCCCAGAACAGCCACGGCUUUGGGGGUCAGCCCGACAACUACGCCAUGAACCCAAUGGCCAUGAACCAGUUUGAUUAUCAGGUACACACACACACACCACACACUUAAAGUAGAGUUCCAUGGCUGCUGUUGUGUAGGGCCUCUCUGUCAUUCAACUAGUUUGGAUGGUCCUCAUUUUCUCUCUCUGUAGCACGGGGCGGCUGCCACCUACGGCCCCACUCCCACAGGGUUCCACCCUCCAUACUGGCAGCAGGGUCCCCCACAGAACAGACGGGACAGGCCCCCAGGCUUUAGGGACCGCCAGAGAUCCCCCAUCCAGAUCCCCAAACAAGACGCUCCUGCUGCUGCCGCCCUCGGUGAGCAUCUUCACCAACACCUCGGUACAAAAACUUCCUCAUACUGCUGUCAGAGAGGUAGAGGCUUGCUUCAGCUCUCUCGCCGUUCAUACCCACACCAUCCAAAAUGUUGUAUCUCACCAUGUUUUGUAUCUCAGAGUUGCUCUCUACUUUUCUCAAUUAGCUUUCCCAGGCACGCAGGAAAACAGACACACACACACAGCAUCCAAUGACCUGGCUCUCCUCUCAGAUGCGGUGAAGAGGCGCACCCUGCCGGCCUGGAUCCGAGAGGGCCUGGAGAAGAUGGACAGGGAGAAACAGAAGAAGCUGGAGAAGGAGCGCAUGGAGAAACAGCGUGCCGAAAUGGCUAAAGAUGAAGACAAAGAGAGCGACGCGGUGGACGAGGGAGGCGAUGGGCCUCGUUUACCCCGCAAGAGUAAAUUUGUAAGCAUCGAUCUCUUUUUGUUUCCAUGGCGUCAUGAAUCCCAUUAACCUUAUGAACAAUGAGUUGAAAAAUCCCCAAAACAAUUGCAUUAUAUUCCUGUAAAACUGUGACACUGGUGAGCUUUCAGGAAGUCCUGUUGUCGUGUCUUUGUAUCUGACCUACCACCCCUUUCCCUCCUCUGUAACAGGACAGUGAUGAUGAAGAGGUUGAUGAAGAUGAGAGGGAAGAUGAGGACCGGGUCCUGACCAGGAAGCAGGAGCAGGCCAGCAGGAGCCCGUCCCCUCCCCCGGAGGACCAGAGCGAACCAGAGAUGACGGAGGAGGAGAGAGAGUUCCAGCUGGUCAGUUUUGGCUUACAGCUACCAUUCUGACACAUUGGGGUGGGUGUAGGGCUGGGCGAUAUAUCGAAUUCUUGCGCGAUAUUCUAAAUGCCAAUAUUGCAAGAAUCUAGUUUUGUAUUUUUAUGAGCGUUUGUCGGCUUGUAGGCUACUCAUGUCUUUUUGGUCUCUUCUCUUUUGUCCUCCUCCUGUGUGCACCUUCCCAUUUACACCAGAGAUCUGUAUAUAAUGAUGACAUGCUCAUGUCUCCUCCCUAACAAUGGGAAUCGUCCCGAAGGCAGACGACAAGCUUAUGUCCAAAAUAAGCCCAUAGAAACGCAUUGGGUUAAUAUUGGACAGAUUUUGGCGAGAGCGAAACCUCUCGCUUCGCAUCUUCCUCUCUGUUUACACACACACACCAAGCCCCUUCCCCUGCCACUCACAACAACAAAGAUGAGAGAUCACUUCUUCCUCUCUGACAAGCGGUUUCAACACACAAUUUGCAUGUGAGGUUUGGUCCAACAGAAUCGGUCAUAUGAACACCGAAACACAUUGAUACAUUAUUUUACUGUAAUAAAGUUAACCUUUCUAGCAAUACCCUUUUUAUGUCAACUCCUCAAAUUGCACGCAGAGCAGACACUACUAAAACGGGAGUAUCAAUGAACAUUGAUUCUGGAAAAGUAAUGCUCAGUUUGUCGGGGUGGCAUUGCGGUACCACUAGCAGCAUUUUAGCCAAAUACUGUUAUACUAGCUGUCUAGUCUGUUUUAUACAUUUGCAAUAAGCAUAAAACACUAGUUAUAUAAGGAAUUGGUCAUUUGUUCUCAUUCUGAGAAAAAAGGUAGGCCACUUGAAUUCAACAUCUGAACAAAAUGGACAGGCUAGCAUGCUGUUCAAACAGUUGGAGACGGACAGAAGUGUGUGUUCAUAGCAAUUCAACUGUUCUGCCUUGUUAACUACAACUAUUAAGAUUAGCUAGCUACUCACUAGCACUUGUGCUUGAGAGAUUGUGUACAUUUUCUAUAAUGACUGUUAUAAGAAGUUAGUCAUUAUUAGUGAAUGUGCAUUAUGCAUGGUUCUGGUAAAAUUUGUAACAAAAAGGAAAUUUUAAUAGACAGACUUGAAUGCCAGAUCAGUUAUUAUUGCAAAAAAUCAGGUUAAACUCUUUUGAUAAAGUAUUUAAAUUAUUAGUGGGUUGUGGAAGGCUUACAUUUAGCCUAGGUAUAAUUUCACAAGCCCUGAAUUCAUUAGAUCAAUGUAUUGGACCUUUAAUUGUACAACAAAGCUUAUUUGGAGAAAAAAAAUUUUAUAAACUAGAUGUGUAUAUAUUGUGAAUCGCCUAUAAGUUUGAAAAAAUCAAGAUAUAAUUUUUAGGCCAUAUCGCCCAGCCCUAUGAGGUUGUCUUUUGUUAUAAAUUUUUUUUGUGUUAUGUUAUAGAGCCCUGAUGCUCAAAUAGCAGCCCGGUUCACUAAUUUCAAUAUAUAAGAAAACAUCCUAUCCAAGACUGCAAAAAUUGCCCUCUUGACAAACAAGUGAUUAUCAUUAACUCAUGUCAGAGCCUUUUCUCACAUUUCUCUCCAAAGAUGAUUGUGACUAAAACUCUGCUGACGGAAAUCCUACUGGAGGUCACCAACGAAGAGAUCCAAACAGUGGCCAAAGAGACGCACCGCAAAGCCACCAAAGGUCUGCUUACCCCCGUCUCCUCGAGCCCACGCAUCAUCUGUGCCUGUCACAAAGACAUUUUUAAGCCUGUUUUAUAUAGUCUGAAAACGUCACUCAAUUCAUCUCUGUAAGUCAGGGUAAUUGAGUGGCAAACUUGGAGUAUUUUCAAAAUGUGAUCAUAUGCAUCUUCAACCAUUCUCUGCUAAUGCAACGGAAGGAAAAAGAAAAUGUCCCUGGUAAAAAAGAAAGAGCAGCUGGUGUAUUUAAAAGAAAACAACAGUAACCUAAACUGUUUUCCCUGGUUCCUGCUCCUGAAGGUCCUCCUGAAUGACUGUAUUUCUGAACCCAUUGACUCUAACAAACGCUGACCUAUAGAUCAGAUUCAAGUGACUUGUCCCCGUUUAUCUGACACUAGUGCAUUAGUACAGAGUGGUUCUUCUCCCCCAUUCCAACUGUCUUGACUUUGAAUGUGUGUGACAGACGUUGUUUGUUAACCCCUUCUCUUUUCUCCGUUUUUGUCUCUUUUUUUUCUUUUUUUUUGCCAAAGACCGCUCUUGUGAAUAGUGCAUUAUCUGUGCCCCCUUCUCUAGAGACUUCUCUAUGGUGGCUCUAUGUGUUUUAACAUGUUGUUCCUGUUGUUGAUGUGAAUCAAAGCUCCUGCCAAACAGCUGGCACAGUCAAGUGCACUGACUUCUCUGAUCGGCAUCGGUGAGUUCCUCCUCUUUUCUUCCAGGCGGGGGUGGGGGGGGGGGACGACACAUGGGUGUGGGGAGGGAAGGGGGGGGUUGUUGGGGGAUAAGAAUCAGAGCUCAAACCCCUGUCCCCUCACUGCUUUAGUAGCUCGAGAGUGACUGAGGCAGCCGAGGGGAAGGUCCACCUCACAGCUAGGGUUGAAAAAUUCCCCAAACAUUCCCCAAAAUCUUAUAUAUAUUUUUUUUAUUCUGGUUGGAAGGGAAUAAGCUGUGAGGGAAUCCUCCAACCUGGAAUCUUUCAACCGGGAUUUCUGAAAAAAACUGGGAAUUUGGGGAACGUUUCUGAAAUUUUGCAACCCUUCACAGCACAGUUUGAGUGUCUUGGCCUUAGAUUUACUAAGUAUUUUCUUAUCAGAACACUAAAGAGCAUGCCAUCUUACAGUAAGUGGAGUGUCAGUGGGUUUCUAGUGUGUAGUUCAGUUGGAAACAUAGACAGUAGGCUGCGUCUUUGACGGGAAGCUUGGUUGGUUGUAUGGGUAGUUACUGCGAUCUUGCUGAAAAAGCUGGGGGCUCUGUUGUGGCAGGUGGACUUGGCGACUAUGGCUCGGACUUGAGUGAGGACGAGGAGGAGAACAGCGCCCGGGCGUCCGAGUCCUCUGACACGGACGAGGAGGAGCUGCACCACCGCAUCCGGGAGAAGAUGGACGCCUUCCGACGCAAGGAGAAGGAGCUGCAGGAGAGACAAGCGCAGGAGGCGCAGCACGCACGUGGUGAGGGAACUAAAUGCAAUAUCAAUAUCAAUAAGCAGUGGUGACGUUGUCUUUGAGAGUAACAUAAAUGUUUUGUUUUUUGUGUCUCCCAGAAGAGAUGGUGCUGGACAGAGUGAGCAGAGAGAAGGGGGGAUUAUGACGAGGGCCAGUUAGAGAGCCUCCAUAAACAGGAAGUGAGAGAGAGGGAGGCGGAACCCACAGCAGAGAGACGCAGGUCCCGCAGUGAGCCUGAGGUUAGCAGCGAGGUCAGGCAGGCGGGCCGGGGUAAGGAGCGCAGCGGAGGGCGGGGCACCAGCGGUUCCCCCAGCAACGGACGCAGCAGCCAGCUCCAGCUCCAGCAGCGCCAGCAGCCGAUCGUCUUCCUUCUCCUCGUCAUCCUCUGCCUCCUCACGCUCCUCUUCGCGCUCCUCCUCGCCCCGGAGGAAGAGGAGGCGCAGCCGCUCCUCCUCGCACAGGGCCCGUGGUGGCGGCCGGCGCAGCCACAGUCGCAGCUCCCACAGACGCCACAGGGAGCGCAGCGACGACAAGGCCCGGGAGAGGAGGAAGGGCAGCCGGAACCACAGCACAGAGCGCUCGGCCCGCCACCGGAACCGCAGCCACUCUCGAGAGCGAAGGGUCAGCAGGGGAGGCAAGAGCAGGUCCAAGGAGAGGAACAGAGACAGGAAGAUGAGCAGGGAGCGCAGGGAUAGUCACAGCCGCAGCAGCAAGCACAAGCAGAAAGCCUCCAGCAAGGAUAGGGACAGGAAGAAAGACCGGAGUGGCAGCCACGACAAGAAGGAGAAAGAGAAGAAGGAGAAGGAGAAAGAGUUAGAUAGGAAGAAGAGAAGCAGAAAGCCAAAGAGAAAGAGCGGGAAAAGGAGAAAGGGAAGGAAAAGGAGAGGGGGAAGGAGAAAGCGAGGGAUAGGGAGGUGAGCGCUGUGGUGGCGGAGGAGAGUAACGGCAAAUCCAAGAAAAGAAAAGAGAGCAGCGAUCACACAGACCCUCAGGGUGACAAGCACUCCCGUCAGGAUAGCAGGGCAAGCAAGAAGGGCUCCGCCAAAUCUAGCAAGAGGUACUCUGACUCAGAGUCGAGCAGGUCCCCCACCCCCGAGGUUAGCAAGGAAAAGAAGUCUAAGAAAUCCAAACGUAGUCGCUCAAGAUCAACGGAAAAAUCUCACAAGUCUGGUAAGAAGGCAAGCCGCAAAAACAAGUCUAAGUCACGAUCAAGGUAG